UUCCAGCGAACAUUCUCUCAACGUUCUCGUCACUCACUUUUCCACGCCAUGUGGGUUCUUAUCUUUGCAGGUCUCUUAGCGGUCUCUGUUGGUAAGGAGACCGCCACAAAUGUAGCCGAAAAACCAGAAACAGAAAAAGCAGAGGAUCUCGUUCUUUUGGAAAUAGAUGUAAAAGAGCCUGCCAAAAGGUCACCACUUUCAGCCAGUGGAGUUUAUGGAGCAUCACCAAAUCAAUAUAUUAUUAGGCACGGUGACGACGCACAAGAGUUGGCACCAGAAUAUUUAGCUCUCUUGCAACAAACGUAUACACAAACGCAACCACAACAGUUUGCUCAGAACAAUUCGCCACCACCACGAAAACCACUGUCGGCAUUUGCUAGACAACAACAGCAACUACAAACUGCUUAUCAAAAUCGUCGUGUUCCAGCAAUUGCACCACCUAGACCUCGAGUUCAACUUCAUCCACAAGCUUUGGCUCAGGCCGAAUAUGCCGCCGAACUCCAAGCACAACAAGAAGCUCAAGAUAGAGCCGAAGCUCGUGCUAGAUUGAGAGCCAGUGCAACAGAUUCUGCCUAUCAAACUGCAGCCUAUCCCGAACAAAAAUUAGGAACCUUUGAGCAAGAAUUGCUACAACUCGUUUCUGCGAAUCAAGCUCAGGAAUUCAAGUUGACAGCAGCGCAGCCAAAGAGACCAGCUCCCCAAGCCUAUCCACCCCAAUAUUCCCAACAAUUGGUCAAUUAUCAACCACCCCAAUAUGUGAAACCAACCGUUGAACCUCAACUACCCGAACAAUAUCAUAUAGAAACAUCAGCACCAAGAUAUCAACAACAAGAACAAUUAGCAGCCUAUCAACCUCAACCCCAACAACUUGCCUAUCAUCGAACUGUUCCAGUUCAAAAUGAAUACGUCAAACCCACCAAACAAUAUCAACCAGCGCCUCAAUACGACUACGCCGAACAGGGACAAGCACAAAAUUACGGUUACUCCAAUGAGGAUGUGGCCCAAGCUCAAGCAGCAGCUCAAGCCGCAGCCUUAGCAUUCCAAAAAAUCUCCCAAGCCUCUCACACCAAACAUCAAUCCGACGCACUCGAACAAAUUCGCAUCGCUGAAGAAAAUUUUCGUCAACAAUCAGCCCUCGAGAAAAUCAAGGAAGGCGCCCAAGUAAGUGAAGCAGGCAAAGUACAUAUAGAAGAACAAUAUCAACCCAAAGAUCCCGAAGCCGCUUAUCGUGCUCAAGUUAAAGCUCAAGCCACCGCAGAAGCUGCCGCCGCAAGACGUGCUCAAGAGGCCGCCGAAUUUAAAGCCCACGCCGACGCAAUUCUCAAUCUUCAAGCACAACAACAGCAACACGUCAAGCAACAAGAGCAGGCCCAUCAAAAUGCCUUAAAUUUCGAGCGCAAUCAAAUUCACGCCCAAGAACAAGCCCAAGCACUAGCCAAUGCUCAAGCCCAAGCUCUUUGGAAAGCCCAUCAAGCCCAACGUGCCAAAGCCAAUAACGAAGUACAAGCAGUCGCUCAGGCACAAGCCAAUGCCAGAAAAGGCGAUCCCAAUCAUGUACCAGCUGUACAAUACCUUCUUCCAACACCCGAAACACUACCCAAUCCAAACAGUUUCUUCACCAAUGAUCAAAAUCAAAAAUACCAAGCAUCCGGUUCAUCAUACGUUCCUCGUUCGGCUCCAAAACCUCCCGCUGAUGAACAAUACGUACAACCUGUAAUCAAUCAACCCCGACAGGCUCAUAAACAUAAAAUACCAUCUCAAUCCUACGUUUCACAAUCCGGUCUCCUGAAAAAAGCCCCCGUUAAAUCGUUAACAAUCGAGGAAAUAAUUGACAACGAUCAUCAAACCCGAACACCGCCACAAUUUGUCAGAAUUCCCAGUUCAAAAAUUCAAACUCUCACCCAACAGGAUUUGGCAACAUUAAUAAAUGCCGGCUAUACAGUGACACCAGUACCUGAAACAACAAAACAACCCACAAGACGACCAUACGCAAUUGAAACAUCAUCGGCCGGUUAUUAUGUCAAAAAACAAAGAAAUCCAUCUGUCGCCACACGACCUGAAUAUAUUGCAUUUGAGGAAGUUAUUUCACGACCAAGGCCAAUAAGAAAAAAUAGACCAAUCUUGAGUCAAGUGGAGAAUGAUGGCGAAGCUAGUGAAAAAGUUACAUUCUUAGUGCCUGUUGAACCUGUUUAUGGUACCAGGCAAGUAUCUCAAUCAGCGCAAAAUUAGGCCUCAAUUAAAUUGGGCAAAAAAAACAAAAUAUCAUCCCAUUAUAAUAUCAUGGCGUCACAUGUAAAAUUGGUAAUAAACAAUUAUAUUAUACUUUUAAUUAAAUAUAAUAAUAGAGAGAAUUCAGUCACUGUAAACUUAGUCACUAUUAUUGAACAUUGUUGAUAAUUUUUUACUAUAUAUUAUUUAAAUAUAUAUAUUUUUUAAAAUAAUCAAACUGUUAUAUAUCUCAAUAUCCAUUAAAAAAAAAAGAUUUUUUUUUUUGUUGAUUAGAUAAUUCUUUAACUGUACAAAUUAUUUUAUUGACUCAAUCAAUUGUCUUGAUUGUAUCUACUAAAUAAUUUGAAGCGUGUUUUUGGUAGAAAAAAAAAAAUUAUGCACCUGAAAAAAAAUUUCUUAUCAAAAAUUCGUUUUUGAAACUUUUUAUCGAGUACAUAAAUUUUUUUUUACUGACAGCUUAAUAUUAAUAUUGAAAAACAAAUUUAUCUGAUUCCAAUAAUCAGUUACUGUUAUCAAAUAAAUAUAUUUAUUAACAUUAUUUUAAUUUGAAUCAAAACUGUAUUUAUUUCAAAUAUAGAAAUUUCAAAUUUAUUUGGAUCAAAUAAAAAAAUGUUGAUUCAAAUAAAUAUUAGUCGAUUAUUUGAAUCAAAUAAAUUUUAAAUUAAACAACAUGUUGAAUCAAUGAAAUUUUACAAAAGUUUCAUUGGUUUUGAAAUCAAGAAAAAUUUAAUUAAUAAUUUAACCAAAUUUUGAUAAUUUUUGUAUAGACGAAUUUUUAUUAAUCCAUAUUAAUUUUUUUAUUUGAAACAAAUUGGAAUUACUUUUUUUACAUUAAUGCCAUUAAAGAAAGCGCAUAAAAUUUUUAGACAAUUUUAUAAAAGUUCAUUUUUGACGAUAUCAUAAAUGUUCAUUAAGCUCUCGAUCUUAUCAAUAGCAUUAUGAUCAUUAAUCAAUAUCAAUCUAGGAUGCAUCAAUUUCAUUGUUCAUUGGGAUGUGUAAAAUACGUUUUUAAAUAUGAUUUUAAAAUUCAAAUGACUCAAUUUUGACAAAGUGAGAAAAUUAUUGUAUUACUUUAUAUAUUUAAUAUAUUAUAAUAUAUAUAUAUAUAUAUUUAUUGGCCUUGUUUUUUUUUUUUUUUUUAUUUGUCACUAUUAUUUAGAGCACACCCCUUUGUGUACACAUAAAAAAAAGACGAUCGUGCGUUGCGUAAAACUUACGUAGGAAAACUCGACUGUGAGCGAGCAAAAGGAAAAAGCGUAUGUAUUUUUUUUUUAGAGAAUUACUUUGCUCUCGCACAUAAAAAUAAUAUUCAAUUUUUCACUGGAUCUAUAAAAAUUAUUUUUAUUUAUUUUUUCUAAUUAAUUAAAUACUAUUUGCAAAAUUAUAAAUUGUGACAGUAAAAAUAAUAUCGAUAAUUUUAAUUAUAACAAUAAUGAUUUAAAAAUCAGGCUAUGAGUAACAAUUUGAAUUUUUUUAAAAUUGUUUCAAUUAUUUCUUAAUGUUAUUUCAUUGAUUUUUAUAAAAUUAAGAUAAUAUUCUUUUUGUCUACUGUAAAUUAUUUAUAAAUUUGCUUUUUGAAAUAAUUUUCUUAUAUAUGCGUAAUGAUAGCAAAGAAAGUCCUGUUUUUUAUUUUAGCUUUAAUGAUUUAGUGGAAAAUAUGAGUGAGCGACUCAUGUGUUGAACGUGACGGUGCUGAGUUGGAUUUAAUUUAUAUUGGAUUUGUAAAUAUUAAACUUUUAACAAAUAAAGUUUAGAAAAUA